GUACAAAUAAAAAGCAUUCUACAAAUUAAAGGAGUUAAAUGAAAAUUUAAGAAGUUUUUAACCUCCAUUUUCCGUUAUUUAACAAAUAGUCCUUCAUUGCCUCCUCCAUUUUCUUUCCCAAAAAUCUGAUCCUAUCCUCUGUUCUUCCUCGAUCUGCGCAGUGUUCUCUCUCUCUCCCAAACUCCAUAAUCAUAUCUCGAUUAACUUCUCUUCCUGAACUUUCUUCUCAUACCUAUCCUUCUCUCGCAUCCGUCGUGUGAUUUUCUUUCUUUCCAAGCGAAUUAGCAAUCAAAAUUACGAUGGGUGCUAAUCAUAAGAAUGUAGAGAAUAAAGAAUAUCGUCUCCCUCGUGAAGUCAAGGAAGCUCUACAAGCAAUAGCAUCAGAGUGGGAAGAUGUGAUUGAUUCAAAGGCUCUGCUUGUUAUUCCUUUGAAAGGUGCAAUGACCAACGAGGUCUUUCAGAUCAAAUGGCCAACUAGAGAAAGUGGACCUUCGCGUAAGGUUCUGGUUAGGAUUUAUGGUGAAGGCGUUGAGAUAUUCUUUGACCGUGAGGAUGAGAUCAGGACAUUUGAGUUCAUGUCAAAGCAUGGUCAUGGACCUUUGUUGUUAGGCCGGUUUGGCAAUGGCCGUAUCGAGGAGUUCCUCCAUGCACGGACCCUAUCUGCUUGUGACUUGCGUGAUCCUGAAAUAUCUGGUCGCAUAGCAACUAGGAUGAAGGAGUUUCACGGUCUUGAAAUGCCUGGUUUGAAGAAGGCUUUGCUUUGGGACAGAUUACGAAACUGGCUCAGUGCAUGCAAGAGGCUGGCUUCACCAGAAGAAGCUAAGUCCUUCCGUCUAGAUGUUAUGGAGAUGGAAAUUACUUUGCUUGAGAAAUCUCUGUUUAAGAAUGAUGAAAGUAUUGGAUUUUGCCACAAUGAUUUACAGUAUGGGAACAUAAUGAUGGAUGAAGAAACCAAAGCAAUUACCAUCAUUGAUUAUGAAUAUUCAUGCUACAAUCCUGUGGCUUAUGACAUUGCUAAUCACUUCUGCGAGAUGGCUGCCGAUUACCACACUGAAACUCCUCACAUCAUGGAUUACAGUAAAUACCCUGGUGUGGAAGAGCGUCAACGAUUUCUGAAAACGUAUAUGAGUUCUUCAGGUGAAGAAGAGCCCAGUGAUACAAUGGUCGAGAAACUCCUUGAAGAUGUUGAGAAAUAUACACUUGCUAGUCAUCUAACUUGGGGUUUAUGGGGGAUUAUAUCGGAACAUGUGAAUGAAAUCGACUUCGACUACAUGGAGUACGCAAGACAAAGGUUUGAGCAGUAUUGGUUAACAAAGCCGACGCUCCUUGCUUAAUUUCAUUUCUAUGGACCCAGGAAGAGGUUUUUUUACGGUGGUAAAGAGAGGUAUACAACAUAUACGCAAAAAGUACCGAAUACAAACGAUAUUUACCAGUUUAGAGAAAUAAGAAAAAUGUAACUUCUGUUUCAUUAUAUUAGAAGCCAAAAUGUAACAGUCAGUAGUUUUAUAAUCUACUGUUGAAGUUGUUUCAGAUUAUAUAAAACUUCUUAUUUGUUUUCUCUCGUUAACGUUCAAC